AUGGGGGGAAAGAGGCUGAAAGUUUGGAUGCUGCGUUUGUCCCUGUUGGUUUUAAACAGUGUUUUAGAGGCUCCGAACAGUUUCGUGGAGGGUUUGGAGAGUUAUGACUACACCAAAUAUCACCCCAUGGAUGAGAUAUACAGGUGGAUGGAGGAUGCAGAGCGAGGGAGCCCAGAUCUGAUCUCCUCUGCUGUCUACGGACACACGAGUGAUGGAAGAAACAUCACACUGCUGAAGCUGGGACUGGAAAACCCAGAGGGCGAACAAAAGAAGGUUAUAUGGGUGGACUGUGGCAUCCAUGCUCGGGAGUGGAUCGCUCCCGCCUUCUGCCAGUGGUUUGUCAAAGAGAUUGUCAGCUCAUAUAGAACCAAUGAGAAGCUGGAGCGGAUGCUGCAGAACCUCGAUGUUUAUGUUACUCCUGUGGUCAAUGUGGAUGGAUACAUAUUCACCUGGGCCAAUGACAGCACUCGUCUGUGGAGGAAGUCCCGUUCAGCCCCUCCUCCGGGCAGCAGCUGUUACGGCGUUGACCUCAACAGAAAUUUUCACGCCAAUUGGGGAACGGUUGGUGUGUCAUUUGACAGUUGUUCAAACACCUACUGUGGCGAAUCAGCCGGGUCAGAGCCAGAGGCUAAAGCUGUGAUGGACUUUGUCGGUGGGAUGGUUAAACAGACCCUGUGUUUCCUCACCAUCCACUCUGCUGGGCAGCUUAUACUCCUGCCAUAUGGACACCCAGAGAUCUCUGCACCCAACUACCAUGAACUGGUUUCGGUUGGUGAGGCAGCAGCAGCAGAAAUGAAGAAGGUGCAUGGAAUGGACUACACUGUGGGAACAUCUCCACAAAUCCUCUAUGCAAACUCGGGCUCAAGCCGCGACUGGGCUCGCCUCAUUGGCAUCCCUUUCUCUUACACCUUUGAGCUGAGGGACAAAGGUGAGUUCAGCCACCUGCUACCAGAGGAGCAGAUCCAGCCGGCCUGCGAGGAGGCCUUCGCAGGGGCUCUGUCCAUCAUCACAUAUGUUCACGACAAGACCUUUAACAACAGCACCCUCCCUAACGCUGCUGUCGCCACGGUGACAAGCUUCACCGCGGUUUCUGGGGUUGCUGUGAUGAUCUGGAGUACCAUCUUAUCCCUCACUGCAGGGGUUGUGGUGUAA